CAGUACCUGUCUAGUGCAUGCAGUGCAUGCUGUAUGGUGUGUAUUGUAAUUGAAGCUGUAUGCGUACGAUGUGACCGGGGAAAAUUGACAGAAUCGUAGAAAAUACCCCCCUUUUGGGCCGUUUUCAUGGAACAUUAUGCUACAUUCGAGGACAAUAUCAUGUAGGUGACAUCUCGGCUGCCUACAGAGAUGGCAAGGCUAUGGAUUCUGGUCUUUGUAUGCUGUCUUCGAGCACAAAUUCGAGCCUUACCUCCAGAACUUGUCUUUGCCAAUCGCAAAGACAUUCGCAUCCUGAACUUCGGGAUGUCCAACGACUCGGACGUGACCAUGACGACAGAGUCCAGUGUCAUCAUUGGCAACCUGGAGGACGCGGCGGCCAUGGACUACCUCUACUCUGAGCAACUCAUCUUCUGGACGGAUGUCAGCAUUGAAAUGAUCAAAAGGACGCGAUAUAACGGGUCUCAGAUCCAAGAGGAUGUGAUAUCCACGGACGUGAAGGCCCCCGACGGAUUGGCCUGCGAUUGGGUGGGCCGAAAGAUUUAUUGGACCAACACAGAAACGAAUAGAAUUGAAGUAAGCGAGUUGGAUGGACAGUCCAGAAAAGUUUUAUACUGGCAGCACUUGGACCAGCCAAGAGCAAUUGUAGUACAUCCUGAAAGAGGGCUGCUCUUCUGGACAGACUGGGGCGAAAUUCCCAAGAUAGAGCGUGCCGGCAUGGAUGGUUCCGAAAAUUACCGGAUGGUCAUUAUCGACACAAAUAUCUUUUGGCCGAACGGCCUAACAUUAGACUACGAUGCGUCCAAGCUAUACUGGGCGGACGCCAAAUACAGCUACAUCCACAGGUGCGACUUUGACGGCGGCAAUCGCGAGCAGGUCCUCCAAGGGUCGUUGCCGCAUCCGUUCGCGCUGACACUGUUUGAGGAUACGCUGUAUUGGACAGAUUGGGAGACGCACUCGAUACACGCUUGUGAUAAAAUAGACGGCGGGAACUUGCGGGUUGUGCAUGAGGACUUGUUCUCACCGAUGGAUAUACACAGUUUUUCAGCCUUAAGGCAAAAGGAAGUUUCAAGACCUUGCGCGGUGAAUAACGGGGGUUGUUCCCAUCUUUGCCUGAUGUCGCCUGACCCUCCUUACUACGCCUGUGCUUGCCCUACUGGGGUACGGUUACAGUCCGACGGUUACACCUGCGCUGACGGUGCUCAAGAAAUCCUGAUCCUAGCCCGCCGCAGAGACAUUCGCAAGAUCUCGCUAGACACACCGGACUACACGGAUAUCAUCGUACCACUGGAUGAUAUCCAACACGCUGUGGCUAUCGACUAUGAUCCGGUCGAAGGCUUUAUCUACUGGACCGAUAAUGAUGUCAAGGCAAUCAGGAGAGCAAAACUGGACGGUUCAGCGAGUGAGUACAUCGUAACAUCAGACAUUGACCAUUCAGAGGGUAUCGCCAUCGACUGGAUCGCACGUAACCUGUACUGGACAGUGACUGGCACCGACAGGAUUGAAGUGUCCCGACUGAAUGGAACAUCCAGGAAGGUUUUGAUCUCGGAAGGGCUAGACGAGCCAAGAGCGAUUGCAGUUGAUCCUUUGGCAGGGUUGAUGUACUGGAGUGACUGGGGUGAAACUCCCAAGAUCGAGAGAGCCAGCUUAGACGGCACCGGUCGCUCGGUCCUCAUCAAUACCUCCAUCAGUUGGCCCAACGGUAUCGCCAUCGACCACGAGGGGGGCAAGAUCUACUGGGGCGACGGUAAAGAGGACAGAAUCGAGGUUGUGGACAUGGACGGACGGAAUCGAAGGGUCCUGGUGGAUAAUGAGAUACCGCAUAUAUUCGGCUUCAGUCUCCUAGGUGACUUCAUUUACUGGACUGAUUGGCAGCGGAGGACCAUUGAGCGAGUCAACAAACACACGGGAGAGGACCGACAGAUGAUUAUGGAGACAUCGGAUGUUAUGGGUUUGACAGCAAGCAGUGUCAGAGGAAUACGAGGUCACAACCCUUGCGGUGACAACAACGGCGGCUGUUCCCACCUCUGUUUCUACCUCCCUCCGGGCAACACCUGCUCCUGUCCAAUCGGCUACGAGCUUCUGGCUGACCAGCGCACCUGCAUCGUCCCCGAGGCCUUCCUGCUGUUCUCAUUGGCUAGCGACAUCCGACGGAUAUCACUAGAGACCAAUCACAAUGAUGUUGAGAUACCGCUGACCGGGGUGAAAGAAGCAGGGGCGUUGGAUUUUGACAUCAAUGAUAACAGGAUAUACUGGAGUGAUAUCGAUGCAAAGACAAUAAGUCGAGCCUUCCUGAAUGGCAGCGGUGUCGAGAACGUCAUUGAGUUUGGUCUGAGUUUCCCAGAAGGCAUGGCCAUCGACUGGGUUGCGCACAACAUCUACUUCUCUGACACGGGAACGGACCGCAUCGAGGUGGCGCGGCUAGAUGGUUCAGCCAGACGAGUGUUAGUGUGGGAGCGAGUACAGUCUCCACGAUCCAUAGCAUUGCACCCAUCAGAAGGCUACAUGUACUGGUCAGAUUUCAGUGGUCAGGCGCAGAUAGAGCGUGCCUACAUGGACGGCACACAUCGCAGUGUCAUUUAUCGCGGUGGCCGUGCAAACGGCUUGACCAUAGACUACCUAGAGAAGAGACUGUACUGGACUUCACUGGACACCAACACUAUCGAGUCUGCGGAUCUGAUUGGUGGUAAUAGACGUCGCGUCAUUCCUGAUGAUCUCCCCCACCCCUUUGGUCUGACACAGUACGAGGAUUACAUCUACUGGGCUGAUUGGAACACGCAGAGCAUCGAGAGAGCCAAUAAGACUAAUGGUCAGAACCGGACGCUCAUCCAAGACGGCCUGGAAUAUGUCUUGGACAUUCUUGUCUUCCACUCUUCAAGACAAUCAGGAUGGAAUGAGUGUGCAGUCAAUAACGGAGGCUGCCAGUAUCUCUGCCUGUCCCAUCCCAACGAUACCACAGGAGAAUGGGAUUACGUCUGUGAGUGUCCCACUCACUACACACUCAAUGAAGACCAACGAACAUGCACACCGCCAGACACGUUCCUCCUGUUCUCCCAGAAGAACACCAUCAGUCGCAUGGCGGUGGACUACAAGGAGAGCCCAGAUGUAGUCCUACCCAUCUACAACCCCAAGAGGAACAUCCGGGCCAUUGAAUAUGACGCCGAGGAGAAGAGAGUGUACUGGAUCAAUGGACGGGCCAAGACUAUACGCAGAUCUUACGACAAUGGUGUACAGCCUGAAGUCUUCAUCGACACCAGCGAUCCCCCAGUCUACAACCCCUACGACAUCACCAUCGACCCCUACACGCGGAUGAUGUUCUGGACGUGCUCCGAGACCAACACGAUACGCAUCACCCGCCUGGAUGGAACGUCAGUCGGUGUGGUCAAAGGGGACGAUAAUCAGAAACCACGUGCAAUAGCGCUUCUACCAGAGAAAGGGCUUAUGUUCUGGACCAACGUGGUCCGGACCCAGCACAAGAUAGAGCGAGCGUCGUACGACGGCACGGAGCACACCGUCCUGUUCAGUGCUAACCUGGGCGAACUGGGACCCAUGACUGCAGACCCUGCCAGCGAGAUGCUAUUCUGGGUCGACACGCUGCUGAAGAGAAUCGAAAGCGCGCACAUCUCCGGUUCUGAUCGCCGUACCCUCGUAGAGGACCACAUUCUGCUCCCCGUGGGCAUAGCGGUGCUAGGCGAGCACCUGUACUGGGUGGACAAACAGGCCGAGAUCAUCGCCAGAGUCAACAAGCACACAGGCAGUGGCUGGGUGCGGAUCCAGGGAGAGACUAGUUAUCUGACUGAUAUACAGGCUGUCGGAACUCCAAUGCAAGCUGAUCAUCCAUGCAUCGAUGAUAAUGGUGGUUGUUCUCAUAUUUGCAUCGCCAUGGGCGACGGCCAAUCACGAUGCUCAUGUCCACUGGAUCUGGUUCUACAGGAAGAUGAGAGUACUUGUGGAGAUCCACCAACUUGUUCCACCAAGGAGUUCACCUGUGUCUCUGACAGCAACCUGUGUGUCCCGUUGUCGUGGAGAUGUGAUUCUGAUUUUGAUUGUGAUGAUCACAGCGAUGAAGAAGAUUGUCCGUUUUGCAAACCCAACGAGUUCCGCUGCGACAAUGGCCAAUGCAUUGAUCUUGUCCUUCGCUGCAACUCCAAGAACGACUGCUCGGACGACUCCGAUGAGCAGUACUGCACGGCGCCCUGCAAGGCCAAUCAGUAUGAGUGCUCCAAUAAGCAGUGUGUGGAUGUGGAGGAACCGGCUUGCGAUGGAAUCAGGCACUGCUAUGAUGGGAGCGACGAGAAGAAUUGCGAUGACAAUCCCGACGAUGUUCCAACAGUCAACAAACCCGCCGAGAUGUCUGGCGCGGUCAUUGGAAGCAUCGUAGCCCUCAUCUUUGUCAUCUUCAUCGUCAUCGGUAUCAUCAUCAUCUUCCGUCACUGCCGGUGUGCCGCCCAACAAGGGGGCGGGGCCGGCCGAGGAGCAGCGGAUAACGGUCAGUAUUCUACUGUCUUGAUGGUCAACCAGCUUGGAGGGAGAGAUUCGUCUAGUAAAUAUCUCUCAGGCUCAGCGCGCGGCAGCAACCCGAAGUCCACAAACCUGCACAGCUGUGCCAACGGCAAGAGUGGCAGCAGCAGCAGCUGCGGCGGUCUCUUUGAGCGCGCUCACCCGACCGGCGCGUCGUCCUGCAGCUCUGAGAUGAUGAGCGUCUCGGGAAACAGCAACUACCCCAAGGAGACCCUGAACCCUCCGCCGAGUCCCGUCACGGAUCGGUCACAGUGCAUGGCGGAUCUGUACUAUCCACCCCAGAAUCCUACCACGAGUAGAUCAUAUAGACAUUACAAGAUGCGCAACAUCCCACCCCCACCGACGCCCUGCAGCACCGACUUCUGUGAGGACAGUGAACCUUACGUCAAGACGCCUCACCACCAAAAGCACCACGCCGCCCGAAGGAAGCGUGGCAACAAGUAUUACACCAAUGUGACAAACUUUGAUGUGGCGUACGAUCCGGAGCCCCACCCGCCUCCGCCGACGCCAAUCAUGUCGGACAAUAACUACGAGAGUUGCCCGCCAUCGCCCUCCACGGAGAGGAGCUUCUUCAACCCAUACCCACCACCCCCCUCACCCGCCACAGACUCAACGUGAUGGAAUCGGUGGGAGAGAAUUGAUCAACUCGUUAUCAGUAUCUAUCAGGGUUUGCGUUCAGAUGGAUUGAAAGCGUGGACAACGCCUUUGCUUAGUCACUGCUCCAUGUUCGGCAUUCUGUGGUCAGGUUGCUUGGCACCCUCCGUCAUCCCUCAGAGGAAUUGCUGCGCCAGUUAUAAACCAGUACUCCUCUUCAUCCACAACCAACUGAGCCAUGCCGUGCUUAAAAGCCUCUGUUGUAGUCAUCUUAGGCCAAAAAAAAAA